AUGGAGACACCGACUGUGCCCAUCAACUUUGUGCCUGCAAAGGCCGGUGAGACGUUCAAGGGGACAUUGCGCUUCCACGCCCUCAACGGUCAGACCGUCGACGCAAAGCUGGGCGACUACGUGACGGUGCCGCCGCGGUCGCCGCACACCUUUAGCAACCCGUACGACCAGGAAGCCAAGUUCUUCAACACGUACACGCCGGCGUUUUAUAUCAACUACUUCCGCCUCCUGGCCACGAUGAACGAGCAGGGCAAGCCCAUGAACCCCGAGGCAAAUCGCAAGGCUAUGGCUUAUUUCGCCACGAUUGGCGUCGCCGAUGACGAGAUGCAGAUGGACAAAAAACAGUUUUACGGCGAUGCCGAUCCGUCAAAGAAAUAG